AUGGGACCCAUUAAUGACGAAGUAGCUAGUAUUACGGUUGCCCAACUGUUGUUUUUACAAUCAGAAGAAAAGCGCCUUCCGAUUCAUUUGUAUAUCAAUAGCCCUGGUAUGUUUGAUUUCCGAUUUCUUCUAGUGUAAAAGGUGGCAUUGUCACAGCAGGUUUGGCAAUUUACGACACUAUGCAGUAUAUUCGUCCUCCCAUUCAUACGUGGUGCAUUGGACAGGCAAGCAGCAUGGGGUCGCUUUUAUUGACAGCUGGGGCUCCUGGUCAUCGAUAUGCCUUACCUCAUUCGCGAAUAAUGAUUCAUCAGCCUUCCGGUGCAGCACAGGGUAUGAUGUAUCUGCUGAGUUACUUUUUAGGCCAAGCCACUGACAUUCAAAUCCAGGCUGAAGAAAUAAUCAAGUUGCGGAAGAUGUUGAACGGCAUCUAUUCCAACCACACAAAACAGCCGCUUGAAGUGAGUGUUAAUGAGGCGUAUAUGAUACAAUGCACACUGCUCUAAGAUUGGCAUAUUUCUUGUUCCUUAAGUCUUAUUUUCAUUUUUAUCCAAUUCAUCAUCAAAAUUCCCCCUUAAUAUGCUCAUUACCGUUCGAGCCCUGACUUUGCUUACCGGCAGCUUCGCGGUUGCCCUGACACUUGCUUUUAAAGCGGCGUAGCGGUUGUUCUUUAGCUUAUAUACAUUCUCUUUGGUUGCAAAAGGCCCGAUGUUCCUUUUUUGUCCACAAGCCAAAGCCUUUUCGACCAAAAUCGAUUUGUUUGAUUGUAGAUGAAAAAGGGUGACUCAUUUUCUUCCCAUCCUUGUUCGUAUUCUGUAUUGUGUGUAGUUAUGCGACCACCGCCAAUGCAAAGGAGGAGAGGUAGAUAGCCAUUUCAACAGAAGUUAUCCUCUGCCAAUUUUCACCUAUUAGGUAGUCUUUUCACAUUUUGUAAAAUCCAAGCCCAUAUUUAAGUCCUGGCCGUGUUCUUCUCCUCAGAAUCCCUUCUAUCAUGAAUUAGAAGAGCUGUUUACUUCCUGGCGUUUGCUUAUUCUAGCCAACGCCAACCAACCGACUCCAGUUUUUCUGUGUCUAAGGCCAGCAGAAAAUGCAGAUGAAGACAAUGUUGUCUAUAGCAAUUUUUGUUCAUCUCCAAUGCCGUUUUCGCUCAAAUAGCAGUGCCAUGUUCUCAGUCGGUGUCUCUGCUUAGGAGCCGUCUUUCAUGAUAGAAAUCGAGGCUUCGAAAGACAACUUGUCUUCCUCGAAUGUGUAAAAGUAUUCAACGGUUGGCGUUUGGGGAAAUUGUGUACGUAUCUUCGUUAGACUGAAUUCCUUUAAGGGUUCCUUGUGACUGCUGCUCUGCUGUACUUCAUCGGCUGAUAUCCUGAUUUGAGCAUAUACUUCCCAGCGGAAUUAUCCCACUUAAUCUUCCUGUUUGUAACUUUUUACUUUGGAGGACAGGAAUCACAGGAGGACGAGACUUGCCUAUUAGCCUAACUGCGGCCAGCCCGGUGCGUCUAUGAUGGCGGGUAAUUGGCCGAGCUUCAAGACAGGUUAGCUAGAAACCAAGCGAACUCGCGUCUGGCAAAUAUGUGUUGGCUAUGUUAGCGGGGUGCGGAGGAUUGAAGUUUGAGAAACUAACCGCUCCAUCGUCUGUCGGUACUAUAAUAGGGCAACACAGGAUCACCAUUGAAUGAGUUCUUUUUGCUGAUGUUACCUUAAGGUUCGGACACCAUCUCAAAGACCAGACGGCAACUAGUAUAACAAACAAACAAACAAAACAAACAAACAAACAAACAAAAUAGCUAAACUGCCGUCAUGUAGUUUUUUUCAGAAGACUAAUUGGCGACCUUACGUUUUCUCUCGAUAAAUUUUCAUCGGGCCAGUACAUCUGCAUGGGGAACGGGGUCAAACAGAACAUGCAAGUGGUGAAAGGGAUAGACUAAAGUUCACUUUUCAGACAAGUGUGAUGUUUGCAAGGGGCUAGGAAGAGUCGUGUCAUGAGGGAGAGAGGGUGCGGGAAUUACAUGCAGUUAACCGACCUUUGACCAUCGUAAACAAGGUAUUCCAGGCGAUUCUUCUGCGCACACAAGAUCGGCUUGCGUGACCUGAUAAUAGUCGCUUCUACUGUUGUUAGUAGACGCCGACUCAGUCAUUUAGAGCAAUUCGGCGGGAUAUCACAAAUCACACGAAGAAUUUCGUUAGGGUCCAUAUGAUACCUGGAAUCAACGACGCCCUGCUUAUGCUCCGGAGUUCGCCUUUUCUCAAUCAUGUCGGUAAAUGCCUCUAUGUUCUUUUCUGUAAGCGCAGACUCCUACGAUCAACAUAACAAACUUCACAGGAGAAAGUAGAGGGCUAAAUGCACAUCAACGUUGUCUGAGCUGGCACCCACUCACACACUCGCGUUAGAUAGGAUUGGCCGAGAAUAGUACCAGAACUCUUUCUGUCAGUGCGAUAGGUUUUGCUGGUCUCCUAAUAAUAUUUUAAACAAUCAACCUGCCAGGAUACCCGUUCUGGCGGUGCAGAUCGUGAAUAUUUGUAAGUUACUCGUCAGUUUUGUCUGCCCAACAAAUUGUCAUGGUCCUUUGCGCCAAACAACAAACUAGCUCACGUUUCUACUGGAAAGAUGCGAAACUGCUAAAGUUCGUAUAUUGUUCAGACCAAGUUUUCUUCCGAUAAACGCUCCCUCGAGCCUUACGGCCAGGUCUUCUGCCCAUAAGGACGUCUAAGAACUGGAGCGAACCUGCUCUUACCACUUCCAACCUGAAGUUGAUUGGCGAAUUUAUCUGGUUUACCGCAUCUUAGAUGACAGUUACGUUGUCUUCUGCAGUGAGGAGUGUCUUCAUCACAGACGCCAACUCAUACUAUAGGGUCCCGUGGGAGCUGAUGGAUCCGGGCCUAUGCCAGUGGAUGGGCUGGUUACUAUGCGAGGGACCCCUUCAGAAGAAAGAAAAGUGGAGGUUGUCUGCUCAUCCAAAUGCAUUUGUCAGGGUCCAGAUAAAUUAUACUGCCUCUACUACAGUAAUACCGCUGUCAACACUGGUGGACUCGGUGUUGUAAUCGUUCGUGGCACUAGUACAGAUAGCCAGCGCAUUUAAAACCCCUUUAGUAAAAGAGAUAUAUCUUGGAUUUAGCCAUAAUCUACAUAGUACCGUCAAAGAGAUAGUAAUACACAAAAGGCCUCACCAAAAGGGUUAGAUCUCUAAUAAGGCUGUCAGAAUGACUGGUAAUACUAGAGCUACUCGCCUUUCAAACGUCAGGGGCCUGCGUCAUGAGACCAUUUGCUCUUCAUGGCACGACGGUAGUUGGAGAUCUCGGAUGAGGAUGUGAGAAGUCUGUAUCGGAAUCAGAGAAUUAGGUAGCCCUAGUUUCUGCCUUCACCGUCGGAGAAGGUGCGAUAGUAGUGUUUAUGUCGAACACGGCACUCCGUGGGUGGAGCAUUUCGCACAUAUUAUGAAACCAUCAGUCUAAACCCUCUCAACCGUCGUCCUGUUUUAAGACACUCCCUUAUCCAAAUUUAACUGGUUGUAGCCCACCAUCUUUGAAGGAUAUCCAUUUGACGAUAAGCAGACCGAAGAUCAGCAGGAUACCUGGCCGGAUCUACCUUUCAGCGCGAACCCACAAGUGCUGUUCAACCCUUUUAGCUGAGUGCAUGUGUGGGCUUCUGAACCAGCCUCUGGAAGCAGGAAAUUUGCCCAAAGUAACAAUGCCGUCGUUACUUUAAGCUUUGAGAAACUCGACAGACCUCUGUGUAAAAGGUGUUGUGAUGAAAGUCUCCUGGUCUCCCCAAUUACAGCGAAAUUCGUGGAUUUUGCCCUUGCUUUUGAUUAUCCAUCGGGAUUCCCUGCAGUCAGUCGGUCAUGCUGCAUGGGGGUGCGUCUCUAAAGUUUCAUCAUUCGGUUUACUAUCCUCACAUCGAGAGAUGGCCAGGGGGGGUUAUUAGACCACUUAUUGUCAACAGUGUCGGUUGUUCGAUUUCUUAGGUCUACCAAACACCGUAUGUUCAUGUAAAUCACAAGUCUUGUAGCUGAGCUGACCUCGGACAACCCUCGCCUCCUACCGGCUCCCACUUCUGUUGCCUUUAAGCAACUAGGGGGAUUCGCCCGCCGUUCAUCAGUCUUUUUGCUUGGUCUCUAACUUGGUGUGGUCUGAAUACGUUGCGCCUAACUGCAAUUGCUUGGCCAAGUACCAUCAUCUCCGUUGUACCCUAUUCCGGACUGGUCUGCUCUAUCAAGGGGAUUGCGUAGAAUCUGAUAGACUGGUGAUUAGGAGUUCCAUUUUACAGUUUACUGAAUGUACAUUGGUGAACAAGUCGGUAACUCCGCGUUUGACCUCACACACAGCGCCGGUACCACCAGAGCUAGAAGAGUGAGCAUUCUCACCUAUUUGAGUCGCCUGUUGACGAUUAGAUUGUGACCUUUGCACCACCAGAUAGUGUUAGUGAAGCCGGAUCUUUCGUAACCGCUCGGUUUGCGCAUUUCGAUUGUCUCAUACGUUUUCAAAAUCAAUCUUAUAAACGAGACAGUCACUUCUUUGUCUGGAGGUUAGUCCUUUGGCUACACCACGCGUCCUGAGCUUGUGGAGCGAAGUUUUAGAAGCCGAAAAUCUUGGAGCCGGAACUCACGAAACUAUUUCCUUUUCACCUCGACGUAACGUAUGGUUUUCUUUCAGAUGAUUUGCGCUGAUCAGAUGUCUGCGUUACGUCGUUAAAGUACUGAUACAUUCAUUGGUCUUAAGGACUUCACGGAGGUAGCCUUAUUUGUCAAUCAUCGAGCAGAAGUUUCCGCCAAAUCCCCGAUAAAUCCAUAAAGAAAACCAGGUGCUUUAUCAUGGGAGGAUCCAGUAUUUGUCCUGGGAUUCGAACUUUGGCGAACAGCCAGGAAACAGUUGCUCUGGGGUGCACAGCGAGAGCUGCCUUCCACAAGCAUUAUUAGCCGUACUUAGCUAGGGGGGCUAUACGUCCUCCCGAUCUGAAUUUGAGAGAGCAGACUGUCCUCAGGCAGAAAGGAUGCUGUCAUCACGCUGGUCAUUGAUAAGGAUGCCAGAUCCCCGUGCAAAUACUGCCUCGAUAUCAACCGCUUUGAAGUUGUCGCUGAAAUCGUCGCCUCCUGCCUUGCGAUGUCCGAUGAGAACCAACUAGGGCCUGGGUGUACAUAUCGACACCCCAUUUUUAUGCUGGACCCACCUGCCUCUGCAAAUACCUCUGCUCUGUUUCGUAUUUCCUUUAGGAUGUACUUCUACAUCGGAUUUCAUCCAUUGGCACUGCCUGUUGCCUCUCGUAUCGGUGACUUCUCGCACGUCACCUUUAUCUGGUUGAUCGACUCAGUUCUGUCCAUGGCACUCGAGAAAUACGACGAUUUUAACUCUGUCGAUGAAAUCGUCCUGUUUGGAGACUCGUAGCUUGCUCCCAGCCACAUAGGCUUCGCCUCCCAGAAAUUCGGGCAGUACUGCACAAUUAGUGUUCCCCAUUCUCCAGGGGGACUGGAGGCCAGGGACGACCGACAGUCUCGUCUGACUGGGUUUCUUGUUACUGAUCUGCUUAUAUUAGGAAGAACCUGCAUAUGGUACGAAAAUGACAUCUUCUGUCCGCCUUGUAAAUGCCAAUGGUUUCUUCUUAAUGCCAUGGUCAAAGCUGUCCUGCCUUACGGGUGUGUAUGUGUGUUUUAGCCCCUAUGCGCUAUGAACGCAAGAAGGAUCGAGAUGUUCGUCAGUUAAUGGCCUAGGAAAAUACUGCGGUUUCUGUUCAUAGACUAUGUCUAAAAUGAGACGCUCCUCCGCCGACUUGAGACAUGUUCUAUUGACGAUGCAGUUGCUGUUCACCCUUUCCGGGGGUCCAGUAAUUAAGGAAAACUCGUCCGCGUAAUCCUCCAGCUGCGUGUUCGGAUUGGCGUAGCUGUCAUGGUGGUCCAAUAAAAACUGGCGAACGUGGUAACGCUAGGCCCGGAGAAGAGGCCAGACCAAGGGUCUUCAAUUUUCGUGAAUAAAACAAGUUCUGACAGCCGUAAUAGACUCUAGGCCCGGCCAAACCAUCGUUGCUGAUAGAUAGACAAUAUAAAUUAGAUUCAGUACACGUCGCCAUUUUUUGUUGAUGUACCUGCCGCGUAUUAUGAGUUUCUCAGCUUCAUCCCUUUUCUGACGGCUUUGCUUUCCCUUAGAUUAUUCCAAACCUCUUCUAAAAAUGGGACCUGGCCGAAUUUUACGUACUUACGGUUUUUGUCUCAGUCUUCGAAUUCAUGGCUGUUUUUGCGCAUCUCUGCGUUUUUCGUUUAUGCACACUUUUCUUUUGCUUUCUCUGUUGUCGUUCAAAAAUCUCUUAACUGCGGUUGGCUGGAAACCUUCGCCUACCAUUGUCACUCCCCUCCGUGCCAUUGGUCAAGGCUGUUUGAGAGUUGUAUUGUCGUCUCACCAACUCCUUCUUGGCAUACCUUGACAACCUUAGGGUUGGCGAAAUUGCAAGAAUGCUCAUCACAGUACCCUAUACUACGCGUAAAUUUUUGGUAACGAUCGAGUUUGUGGCCCCACCUACUCUUUACGUCUAUGAAGUACCUACUUAUGUCAUUUGGGUAGGCGUAAUUUAACCCCGUCCUUUUCGCCCCUUCCCUCUAGCGCCUUUAUAAAAUAUCACCACUAGGUUUAGCUUUUGGCUUGGGGUGGGGGGGGGGGGUUAUGCGUUAGGGUUUGGAUUAGGAUUGGGGGUUAGGGUUACGGCUACGACUUGGCUUAGACAUAGGUUUAGGGUUAGGCCAUCAACAUUGUCAGAUAUAAUUAUGCUUUCAGUCGCGGCCAUCACGAGAGUCGUACUUAACGGUAUAUUCUCCUCACUUUCUUCUCCAGUGUGAUUGUUCAUCGCGAGCUGGGAGCAGUUCGCUUAGAGUAUCCAACCAAUGCGCUCGGUUUUCAUUUUUUUUCAUCUGUUUACGGCUCCCGAUUUCCAGUCUUCCAGAUUGCGUGCUCGCGUUUGUACGCCUUAUUUGUGUAUUUAAACAAGUUAAUGGCUUACCUAUGUUUUUUUAUUUUUGUGUCCCGGAAACAGCUAUCUAUCAAUUUCUUUUACGCCAUCCAAUAAACUUCCAUUACCACCAACCCUUUGUUAUAGGUGUCCUUGCGUCCCGUUUUUCCAGUAGGACCACAUAUCCGAUCAUCAACAAUUUUUAUAAGCCAGCAAUAUGUCCUUCUUUGUUUUCCUAUUCUAUGCUGUCGACUUCUUGUUUGCCUCCUAGGUGAUCGAAAAGUGGAUGGAUCGGGACUACUUCAUGACGGCAGACGAGGCAGUGGAGGCCGGUUUAGUUGACCGAGUUCUCAGACCAACACCCAAGGGCUCGUCUGAUGAGACUUCCUCUAGCACUUAG